AUGUUUGAACGUCUACAGUCGUAUUUGGAACAACGCUUGAGUGAAACGCAGACUUCGGCCGCAUACAUUCGCGAACUGGAGAACUCUAAAGAAGACUUGCAACGUCAGCUAGAUGAUCGCGAUGACCGGAUAACGUCCCUCUUGCAAAAACUCGGCGAAAUCAAAGACCGGCAAGCAGUUGAUGUCGAAACUGAGAUGCUGCGUUUGCGUCUAAAGCAUGCUGAAACUCGAUGGCGUCGUUACACACUAAAUGCAAUUAGAGCUGACAUUAGCUGCCCCGAAUUUCUUGCACUUGAUUGGUUUCAUGUGGUGCGCUGUGCAGAUAUGCAUUACGCAUUCAUGUCGCACAAGACGCCACCAAUUGUAGACGCAAUCAUGGACCCGUCGUUUGAAGUUGCUACGUCCGCAAUUUCAGGAUACCUGUCUCCACCACCUUCCAAUGGCGAAAACCUUGGCUCCUUUUUCCAAAUUGAACUCGAAUCUGCUCGAAGUCGCAUUCAGUCACUUGAGACCAAACUCCGCGAAGCUCUUAUGCAAGCCGAGGAUGCAGAGGCUGAGGCAUCCCGUUUGAAGGAGGUCAUUUCUCGCCUUCACGCGGACCAAGACGCCAAAGAAACUGCCGUUGCUUCGGUUUACGAAGCGAAAACAGCUGCUGAGACUGCUCACCGACAACUCACCGACGAUCUGGCUACUCUGGAAGCUCGACUUCAAUUCGACUUUUCUAGUGCUGGCCUCAUCACGCCGGAGGCAGUCAGGUUUGCUGAAAGUUUGGCGAAAAUGCUCACAGAUAGGGAGGACGACGUCCAGGUUGCCUGGGAGCGUGUAAACAAGCUGACUCUCGAAUUGCAGGCCAUCUGCAGCAUCGAGAAGGUUGAUAAGGAUGUCCAGACUACUUGGACCUCCUGUCUGGAUUCUCCAUGUGUGUCAAUUCAAACGGACCCCGACCUUGAAGCUCACGAGGAACGUCGAGGCCUUUCAAAUGAGGUGGUUCGACUCAAUGACGAACUAGUGGGAUCCGUUGAAGCUCUCACCUCUGCCAGAGAAGAAAUUUCCGACUUACAUGAUCGACUUCGCGAAUUGGAAUCGGAGUGCACACAGGAACGCGCGCUGUCAGCACGUGCGCAGCACCAAUUGGCUCUCAGCCAACAGGAGGCUUGGAAGGUCCAAGCGCAACUCGAGAGACUUCGCACGAAAGUGGCCGCGCACAUCGAGAUGCUGGCGGCGCACGGCCUCGGUCGGGAGGAGGUGGCGUUACGUCAACACCUCUCGGCGUCCUCCGCCUCAGAUCUGACGACUCAGUUGAAAUCAAUAGCCACGCACCUCAUUAUCAACCACGAUCAUCAAGAGCGUCCACAUCGCCAUGAUAAUUACCGCGAUCGAAAUGGCCACAGACGACUUUCCUCGCCAAAUCGUUUUUCUAUUGAAGAAGAAGCACAGGAUACAGAUGCUGAUGGCCUGGCUUACACUGAUCUUAGUCAAUUUGCAUCUACGUCGUCGUCGUCGUUGUCAACGUCUCCUCGUAAGCCGGCCGACAGCUCGCGUUGGCAGCCGCGUGAGAGGGCAGCACCCCAGCGACGUCCCUCGGACUUGUCAAUGUCGUGCGCCUCAGCACCACUCGCCAGACCAUCAAGCGUUGUCGCUUUGCCGCUUCACGCUCUCGCUGCCUCCUCGUCAGAUCAGGCCGAUUCCCUCGAGGUUUCGACCUCCAGCAGUCUGGAUGGUGUGGAUUUUCGAGAAGACAUUUCUGCCCGUCUGACAGAGCUUCGACGACGCAACGACCUGCAACCGUUCCAUCUGCGUACCAACUACCCUGUUGAAACCCAGUUUUGUAGUCCUCAUGAGCUGUUAUCGGUGUUGACAUCGGUGCACAAAAGUCGUACUGACCAAUCCCAACUCCCCUCCACGGCAUCUAAUGCUACACUCACGACAACAACAUCAACCUCGGCUAGUCGAUCUCCGAUUCCAGCAGGUCGAUUGACGCGUCCACGGGGUCUCCAAUCGGUAUCCGAAGUAUUACUCACUGGUGCGUCAGGAAUUGUGGCCGCCGAAGAUCUGGAUUUGUCCUUGACAAAGGCACGUCUCAGCGAAUCUGCAUUGCGCAGCAGCUACAGCACCAAAGCAUCGAAGUCAGCGUCCAGUGGCAGUUGCCACGUUUCUUCUCAACACAGGUCCUCCAGAAUUCAGAAUUCCUCUGGCUCUGACAAAGUCGCCUCUCAAUCUUGUGCCACUCCCACAUCGACUGUAGGAAGAAAGGCUCCUGUCGCAUUUGAAGUGGAAUUGAGCCCACCGCGCGUGCGAAGGGCAGCGCCAAAAUUCGUCGAGAAAAGAGGCGUGAAUUCAUCUGUUGUUUCCCAAAGAAUCCAUCCAAAGACUACUGCGGCAAACCGUCCCGGGGCUAGCGUCUUCUAG